GCAAUGGAAGUGUUUUCGAGUUCUUCUCGAGAGGAAGUAGGCGAAAAAUCUCUGAAAUGGGCUGCUAUACAGAGACUGCCGACAGGGCAUCGUCUUAGAAGAGGUAUAUUAACUGCAGAAAAUGGAGAAGCAAAAGAAGUUGAUAUUCGAAGUCUUGAUGAGCAACAAUUAAAGAACUUGUUGGGCAAGCUUUUGAACCAGGACGAAGAUAAUGAGAAGUUCUUGAUGAAGCUCAAGGACCGCUUUGUUCAAGUUGGGAUUGAAUUUCCAAAAAUUGAAGUCCGGAUGGAAAGACUAAAUGUAGAUACCGAAGCUUAUAUUGGAAGCAGAGCUUUACCUACACUAUACCACUUCACUAUAAAUUUCUUUGAGGGGUUGUUGAAUUCUUGUCAUAUAAUUAAAGGCAAAAAGAAACCAUUUUCAAUUCUUCAUGAUGUCAGUGGAAUAAUCAAGCCUGGCAGGACGACACUUCUUUUAGGCCCCCCAGGCUCAGGGAAGACCACAUUGCUAUUGGCUAUGGCUGGAAGACUUAGUUCUGAUGUCAAACUUUCAGGGAGAGUUACAUAUAAUGGCCAUGGAAUGGAUGAUUUUAUCCCACAAAGGACAUCAGCUUAUAUAAGUCAACAUGAUGAACAUAUAGGAGAAAUGACUGUGAGAGAAACAUUGGCCUUCUCGGCUAGAUGUCAAGGGGUUGGGCCUCGUUAUGAAAUGUUGGCAGAGUUGUCCAGAAGAGAAAAGGAGGCAAACAUUAAGCCAGAUUCUGAUAUUGAUAUUUUUUUGAAGUCUCUUUCACUGGAAGGGCAGAAAGCAAAUGUUCUGACUGAUUAUGUAAUCAAAAUUUUGGGAUUGGAAAUCUGUGCUGACAUUAUGGUAGGGGAUGAAAUGCGCAGAGGUAUCUCUGGUGGACAAAGAAAGCGAGUGACAGUAGGGGAGAUGCUGGUUGGACCAGCAAGGGCGCUUUUCAUGGAUGAGAUAUCAACUGGCUUAGACAGCUCGACAACUUUUCAGAUUGUGAAUUCAAUCAGACAGGCAAUUCACAUUCUUGAAGGGACAGCCGUGAUCUCUCUCCUCCAGCCAGCACCAGAAACGUAUGAACUAUUUGAGGACAUAAUUCUCCUAUCAGAAGGGCAAGUGGUGUAUCAAGGUCCCCGUGAAAAUGCACUGGAGUUUUUUGAAUCUAUGGGCUUCAAAUGUCCAGAGAGAAAAGGAGAAGCAGACUUCUUACAAGAAGUGACAUCAAGGAAUGAUCAAGAACAGUAUUGGGCUAAUAAAGACAUACCUUAUGCUUACGUUACUGUCAAGGAAUUUGCUGAUGCAUUUAAGUCAUUUCACAUUGGUCAGAAACUAGGUGACGAGCUUGCCAUUCCAUUUGACGAGGCUAAGAAUCACCCUGCUGCUUUGACAACCACGAAGUACGGUGUUGGGAAGAAGGAACUGCUAAAAGCUUGCAUAUCAAGAGAGUUAUUGCUGAUGCAGAGAGGCUCAGCCUACUAUAUUUUCAAAAUGGUUCAGGUUUUUUUAAUGGCUCUGUUGAUGAUUUCACUAUAUGUAAAAACUAAGAAGCAUCGGCAUACUACAAUGGGUGCUCAAAUUGUUAUGGGUGCCCUGUUCUUUACAAUGGCCACAAUAAUGUUUAACGGAUUCGCAGAGCUUGCCCUGACCAUCAUGAAACUUCCUGUCUUUUACAAGCAUAGGGACCUUCUCUUUUUUCCACCAUGGUCAUAUGCACUACCCAUAUGGAUCCUCAAGAUUCCAAUCACAAUUGUAGAAGCAGCCAUUUGGGUGUCGAUGACUUAUUAUGUUGUAGGCUUUGAAGAAGACUUCACACGGUUCCUCAAACAAUUCCUUCUACUUUUUUGCGUCACCCAAAUGGCUUCUGGACUUUUUCGAUUUAUCGCAGCACUAGGAAGGAAUAUGAUUAUCGCAAACACGUUUGGAUCUUUUGGGUUGCUUCUACUUAUUGUUCUGGGUGGAUUUGUUCUGUCAAAAAAUGAAAUUAAAAAAUGGUGGGAAUGGGGUUACUGGGUCUCACCUGUGAUGUAUGGCCAGAAUGCCAUAGCAGUGAAUGAAUUCUUAGGGAAGAGUUGGAAGCGUGCUCUUCCUAAUACCACAGAACCACUUGGACUUGUGGUCUUGAAGUCUCAUGGACUAUUCCGAGAAGAAUAUUGGUUUUGGAUUGGAGUAGGAGCUUCAAUUGGAUUUGUUUUUCUAUUCAAUUUUCUUUUCAUAUUGGCUCUAACUUAUCUCAACCGUAAGUUCCCCUCGUCUUUUGGAAAGCCUCAGGCAGUCCUAUCAGAGGAAACGCUAGUUGAAAAACAUAGUGACGGAAAAGAAAACCCAGUUGAAAAACAUUGGGACAGAAAAGAAAAGGACAUUGAACUAUCACACAAUGAAAAGACCUCAUCUGGUAGGUUAGAAAGAGGAGCUGACAUUCAAAGAAGUGUAUCAUCAGAAUCAUCAUUAGCAGCAAGAAGCGGAAGGAAUUUAUUUAAUCAGAACAAGAAAAAAGGAAUGGUUCUUCCAUUCGAACCGCUUUCUAUCACCUUUGAUGACAUUAGCUAUGCAGUGGACAUGCCUCAGGAAAUGAAAUCUGAAGGUGUGACACAAAAUCGUCUAACACUUCUCAAGGGUUUGAGUGGUGCUUUCAGGCCAGGAGUCCUCACAGCUCUAAUGGGUGUUAGUGGCGCUGGGAAGUCAACUCUAAUGGAUGUUUUGGCUGGGAGGAAAACUGGUGGGUACAUCGAAGGAAGCAUCAUGAUAUCUGGAUACCCAAAGAAGCAGGAAACUUUUGCUCGCAUAGCAGGUUACUGUGAGCAAAAUGACAUCCACUCUCCUCACAUUACAGUGUACGAGUCACUGUUUUACUCUGCAUGGCUUCGUCUAGCUCCUGAAGUUGAUAUCACAACCAAAAAGAUGUUUGUUGAGGAGGUCAUGGACCUUGUGGAGCUGAACUCAAUAAGGGAAUCAAUUGUUGGAUCGCCUAACGUUAAUGGUCUCUCAACUGAGCAGCGCAAGAGGCUGACGAUUGCAACUGAGCUUGUUGCGAACCCAUCUAUAAUAUUCAUGGAUGAGCCAACCUCAGGUCUUGAUGCCAGGGCAGCAGCAAUAGUGAUGAGAACAGUGAGGAACACAGUAGACACUGGAAGAACUGUGGUGUGCACUAUCCACCAGCCAAGUAUUGAUAUAUUUGAUGCCUUUGAUGAGCUAUAUCUUUUGAAAAGUGGAGGACAAGAAAUAUAUGUCGGCCCAAUAGGCCACCGUGCUUCACAUUUGAUCAGUUACUUUGAGGGAAUCCGGGGAGUUAAAAAAAUUAGAGACGGAAUUAACCCAGCCACAUGGAUGUUGGAAGUGACAACUGCAGCACAAGAAGCAGUUCUGGGUGUUAAUUUUUCUGAUGUAUACAAUAAUUCAGAACUAUACAGGAGAAACAAAGUCAUGGUCAAAGAACUCAGUAAACCUCAGCCAAUGUCAAAAGAUCUGCACUUUGCUACUCAAUUCUCGCAAUCAUUUUGGACCCAGUGUAAGGCUUGCCUAUGGAAACAGCACUGGUCUUAUUGGCGAAAUCCACAGUACAAUGCAGUAAGGCUAUUAUUCUCGAUUUUCAUAGCUUUAAUAUUUGGAUCAAUGUUCUGGGACCUUGGCCCCAAAAGGAUAAGGCAGCAAGACAUUUUCAAUUCAGUAGGUUCCAUGUAUGUUGCUUCUCUAUUUAUUGGGAUUCAGAAUGCUGCAUUGGUGCAGCCAGUAGUGGCUGUUGAGAGAACAGUUUUCUACCGAGAAAGAGCAGCUGGAAUGUAUUCUGCUUUACCAUAUGCCAUUGCACAGAUUACGAUUGAGAUCCCAUACAUUUUCAUUCAGGCUGUCAUAUAUGCACCGAUAGUAUAUUUCAUGAUUGGAUUUGAGACCACAGCUUCAAAGUUCUUUUUGAAUUUCUUCUUCAUGUACUUCACCUUCUUAUAUUUCACAUUCUUUGGAAUGUUGACAGUAGCAAUCACUCCAAACUAUAGCAUAGCUGCUGUAGUUUCUGUUUUCUUCUAUGCAUUGUGGAACCUCUUCUCAGGAUUCCUAAUUACACGAUUAUUUAUGCCUGUUUGGUGGAUAUGGUUCUAUUGGGCAUGUCCUUUCGCUUGGACAUUGUAUGGAUUGAUUUGUGCACAGUUUGGAGACAGCAAAGACAGGCUUGAUACUGGCCUAACAGUAGAAGAACUUAUGAAGAGUUAUUUUGGUUUUAAAACUGACUUCCUAGGAGUGGUUUCAAUUGUGAUUAUAGGAAUCACAUUGCUUUUUGGAGUCGGCUUUGCCUUAGCAAUAAAGGUUUUAAACUUCCAGGGAAGAUGAUGAAUGUGUUUACAUCAUUUUGUGAUCAUAAUUUAUCAGAAUUUCAUGGAUACUAUAUGCAUG